AUGUCAACAAGUCAAUCGAUCAAAGUAAAUGAUGAAAUUAAUAAUAUAACAUCCAGGAAGAAAGGGAGCAAUAAAACCAAGUCAAAGGAUGGAGUUACUGAAAGUACAAGUGAUGAUAUUCAUCUACCAGUAACAGAAAUUCAUUUGAAAUCCCAUGAAUGGUUUGGCGAUUUCAUCACGAAACAUGAAAUACCACGUAAGGUGUUCCAUUCUUCGAUAGGGUUUAUUACAUUAUAUUUAUACACUCAGGGGAUAGAUUAUAGAUCUGUUGCAACACCUCUAAUAAUAGCUUUCGUGAAUAUAUUUAUAUUAGACCUGAUCAGAUUACGUUGGUCGUUUUUUAACAAACUUUACUGCCGUUGUGUUGGUGCAUUAAUGAGAAAGAAAGAAAUACAUACAUACAAUGGUGUAUUAUGGUAUCUGUUAGGUUUAAUAUUUUCUUUUUCUUUCUUUUCCAAAGAUGUCUGUUUGAUUUCUCUAUUUUUGUUAAGUUGGUCAGAUACUGCUGCUUCUACAUUUGGUAGAAAAUAUGGACAUCUAACACCAAAGAUUGCAAGAAAUAAAUCCUUGGCAGGUUCUUUGGCUGCAUUUACUGUUGGUUUAUUGACCUGUUUGGUAUUUUAUGGAUAUUUUGUUCCUCAUUACAACUAUUUAAAUAAAGAGGGUGAAAUUAUGUGGUCCCCAGAGAGCAGUAGAUUAGGGCUAAUGAAUUUGUCAUGGUUAGGAGGUUUAGUUGCUGCAUUAAGUGAAGGCAUUGAUAUAUUCAAUUGGGAUGACAAUUUUACCAUUCCUGUUUUAUCUUCGAUAUUUUUACAUAGUGUAAUCUACUUAUUUAGAAAAUAG